AUGCUUACAAAUAAUAGAAUAGAAACUUUGAAAAAGUAUAGAUCUAUAUGCAGUGAAGUGAUAAAGAAUCAGCUUUAUCUAAGUGGAUAUAGCAUUGCUUGUGAUAAACAAAUACUAAAAACAUAUGGAAUUACUCAUAUACUUAACUUGUCUGGUGCAACAUGUGUAAAUAGAUUUCCUGAAGAAUUUGAGUAUAGAACAUACUAUGUAUAUGAUAAUCAACAAGAAUGUAUUGAGGGAGUUUUAUAUGAUGCAUUGGAAUGGAUAGAUUACACUUUAAAUUACAGAAAGAGAGUAAAGAAGACUAUAGACGAUAUAGAAAUAACAAUAAACUUGAAUAAUAAGACAAAAUAUGGAAAAUUGUCAGAUAAUAAAAGUGAUAAGAUUGAUACUAAGAAUAAUCGUAUACUAGUUCAUUGCCAGGAAGGAGUUUCUCGCUCAUCAAGUAUUGUUAUUGGAUAUUUAAUGUGGAAGAAGAAGAAGUCGUUUUAUGAUAUGUCAGAACAUGUAAGAGCAUGCAGAAGUAUUUCGAGUCCAAAUAUAGGAUUUACUUACCAAUUAUUAGUAUUUCAAAAAUCUCUUAACCCAUUUUUGCAUAGAAAAGAUGGAGACUAUUACCCAAGCAUAAUUUCUGAUGACUAUAUUAAUAAUAUGAAUAAAAACUCAAAUUUGCUUGUUGAAUUGGGAAAUUGUACAUACUCAAUAUUUUCAACUAGAAUUUAUGUAAUAUCUAAAUAUAACUUACCAGUAUGCCUUAUUAAUUGGAAAGCUGAGAGCAUACCCCCACUUAAUAAAUUCAAUGUGUAUAUUUUACGUCAAAGUUUGGUCAACUUUUCAUCUAAAAAUAGGCUUGAAAGGAUGUGGAUUUGGAUAGGCUCUAAGUACAAUAUUUCAAGUUUAUGUAACUAUUUAACUUGCAUUAGAAAUUAUGCUAGACAGGUUUCAAUUAUUGAAUUAAAUAAUCCGGUCCAUAGAUUGAAUAUAAAAGAAGAUAUUUCAAAUUGUAUUGACGUUGAUUUUGCUUCUAAUUUUGUACAUAAUAUUAAGCAAGAAUAUUUAAACAAUCCCUUUGAAUUACAAUAUAAAGAUGAAUUUCCUCCACUAGUUGCAAAUAAAGGAUCUGUAUACAUCAUAUAUAUUACUGAAGGUUAUGAAUCAGCUGAGUUUUGGAAUGUUUGUUUUCCAAAUCGGUAUAAUGCGAUUACUAGGUCAAUUUCAUCUCCCUCUAUUUCUGGUAUGUUGGAAAGACCUGAUGAUUUUGACCAAAUUAUCAACCACGAUUAUACAGAUAAGCAAGUAGACAGUACAACUCUUAAGAACAGUAAUUUGGGAUGUAAAGGUAGUCUCAGCAGUGAAUAUGGAGAUGCAAAUUCAGAUUUGUCUACUAUGAAUACUAUGGAUAAACAAGAUAAAAAUAUUUUACAAUCAUCUCUAUCUUUUCAGUCUUCUAAUACUACUUCACCUUAUAAGAGUAACAAAAAUGGAAUUUUAUCUAUAUCUUCUACACUUUUAACCCAAAGUUGCUCUUGUACAAAUGAUCUCAAUUUAAAAUUUUCUUCUCUUAUUGACGAUCAUCAAUCCAGCGAAUUAUGCAAUGGAUUAAACCAUGAGUGCAAAAAUAGGCCCCCAGUGGUUAUUCCACGUUUAAAUAUUAAUUUAGGGAACUCUACAAACCAUUUAAAUAAUAUAUUUAACAAGUUGGAGGUAAAUUCGUAUGAAUUAAUAGAACAAAGGAAUAAAGAUAAUAAUGAUCAAAUUCUUAAUAAUACUUUACUUUAUGAUAAUCUCUCCUCUAGUAGGGAUAAUGAAUUACCUUAUGAAGGAGCAGACGAAUUAACACCAAAUAACUAUUCAUAUAUAAGUAUGAACAUAAAUAGAUCAUAUUUAUUUAGAUAUCCAGACUACUUUAGUGAUUCAAUUGGAUAUUUUGAUGCGGAUGAUUUAUAUCCUACUUCACUUUGUAUAUUAGUUGUUCCUAUACUAUCAAAGCAUGGUACUAAAGAGAUCCAGACUAUUAGUACCUCAAUUAUUAAUUCUAAUUUAAUAGAAAUAAGCUACAUUAAAUUAUAUCUAUGGGUUGGAAGUGAAAGUUUAUAUGAAAGUGAAGCCAAGCUACUAAAUAAGGAGAUAAGUGAAGGAUAUAUUGAGGCAAACGAACUUAAAGAAUUAAAAAGAAAAGAAGAGAAUGAAAAUAUAACUGAUUUGGAAAUUCAGAGAACAUUUGUAUCAAUCGAUCAAUAUAUAACACAUGGUAAUAUAGCUAUAGAAGAUAGUGUGACAUCUUUAAAUUCAAUCUUAAAUACUGUAGAUGAGGUUUAUGAUGAUAAACCCACUUUGAAAUCUAUAGUCAGAGACUUUAUAAAUUCACAUGAUAUAUUUAUAAAUAAGAAAUUGAUAUCCCUUCAUGUUGAAUUUGAAAAUAAUGAAUCUGAAGUUUUUUGGGACUGCUUCUAUAAUUAA